UGCUGAUUUGUGUAUGUUUAUAAAACGACCGAAGCGGUAAAUCGAAUAAAAUUUCUCUAAAACCGAUAUCAAAAUCUAAUCCAGAAUUUAAAAACUUCCAUCAUCUACGAUGUCUUCCACCGAAGAUUUCGAAGAAACACUCUCCGAACAGCACGAUAUCGAUGAUACCACCAUCCGUCAGUGCCGUUUGUGUUUGCGAAAUGUGCUGCAGAGGGACGCCCACGACGCUUGGGCCGAGCAGGACCUACGUGAUAAAGCACUGGAAGCAGUUGCGAUCGAAAUCACCGAAUCGGACGUAACAACCUGGCUUUGCACCAGUUGCCUCCAGGUGGUUAACAUUAUUUACGACUUUCGAACAACCUGCCGCAAGAGCAACACCCUACUCGCCAACCAUUUACUGAAGGUGGAAGCUCCCAUUUGGAACAAUGAAGACACUCGAGAAAGACUGGAGAAAUGUCAGGAAAUAAUCACCUGGCACCAGUCGGAAAUUGAUCUGAUUGAAUUCCGGUUGAAAUGCAGAAAAGAACAGGACGAAAUUCAGAAACAGCAGAAGACGGAACAUUUCAGCAUACAAGACCAACCAAAGACGAUUAAACUGAAAACGUACGUAAGUCAGAUUAAACCGGCACGAAAGAAACCCGAUCCGGAUCAACCAAAACCAACGAGCGGUAGCAAAUCGAGAGGAAGCAGUACCUACAUUUGUGAGAUGUGUGGAGCAAGGGUGCAGACGAGUUCCCGAGAGUUUCAUGUAAACAGACACUAUAACCGGAAACCUUACCGCUGCCCCGAGGAUGGUUGUGGGGAAACGUUUUACAGUAAACCGUCCGCGAAAGCACACGUGACUUAUAGGCAUACGAAUUUCUAUGACCCGGUGGCAUGUGAAAUCUGUCACCGAAUGGUUAAGGGACCGUUUUUGCUGGAUAGGCAUAUGAAGACUCACGCGGAUAGUAACCCGUUGAAGGUACCGUGUCCUAUUUGCGGGAAGAGUUUCUAUCGGCAGUACCUUAAGGAUCAUGAGGCUCUUCAUACCGGGGUUCAGAAAUAUAGCUGUGAGUACUGUGGUCGUCGGUUUACAGCUAGAGGUAAUAUAAGCGCACACAAGAGAAAAUGUUCAAAGAAACCUACGGAAGAUUGUCAGGAUAGUAGCUGAAGCUAAUGUUAGAGAAUAUAUAUUUAAGGUACAUUAAGUCCAAAAAAUCUGUGCAAUCUUCUAUCUGAGGUAAGCAGAAGCACUCAUUUUAUUUCACUGAAUUCAUUAAACUGUUGGUAACUGUUGGCUCCAAAAGAACUGAGUUCAUUCGAAAAAGAUAAUUUGCCUGUCUUGCUUGUAGUUACGAGAUUACAUUCGAAUUACUGAAACGACUUUCUAGUGUUUUAAUCAAACUAUCGAAUAAUCACUGUAAUUGUAACGAAAUUUCAGAGGUGAAAAGUAUCAGUAGAUUCUUACUGAUCAAUAACAUGAUCCUUACUACCAUCACGGGAUGAAAGGCUAAUUUUGUUGUUCGAUAAACUGAUUUCUACUGCUGUUCACCACAAUACUAU